CACCCUUCGACCUUUAAUUUUCGGCCAUCUCAAACAAUUCGGGCGCCCACUAUUUAACUAUUUUAUAUCCGUGUCCGAGCAGUUCGGAGCGCUCAGUCGACGCCAUGUAAGUCAGAGCAGGGGGAUGAACUACGGAGUACCAGGACUCCUAUUUUGCGCGUCUACGGAGUGCUUGUCACGAUAUAUAUAUGAAACAACCAAGUUACGUGCGAUCGGUGACCACCGCCACCCACGCGAGAACCGUUACCAUUCCAGUCCAUGUCACCUCCAGUAUAACACCCACUGUCACGGUAACUCCGUCCACAGUCACAGUCACCUCGACCACGAGUACUACCACCACCAGCACCUCCGUCACUACGGCUGCCACACCCACCAGUACGUUCACCACGACACUGACACUUAUCUCCUCCACCACUACUACCAGCACUAUUACUGCGCCAACAUCCACGGCAACGGAGAUUCAGACUAGCACUUCCACAACCACAACCACCCUGACGUCCACUGUGCCAACUUCCGCUGGUUUCCUCCCAGUUAUCAGCACACUCCCUGGCUCGGCUGAGAAGCGCAAGCGGGCAGUGAAAUGGAAGCAGGCUCAUUCGAGGAGGUCGUCGUAUACCUUGCCAGGGCAGAAGCCAUCGACUCAAUGCAAAGCACCCUCACCACACCAGCCUUCAAGCGGAGGCAAGCCAGUAUGGGACACAUGCGCGCAAUACCCCACGGCGGUGGAGUGCCAGGAGCUUGUGGAGAUCUUUUCCCCCAUUGUCACAACGGUAACAGCGCACACGACGGUUUCGGCAACUUUGACGACAGCAACAACUACGACGACCAUCACCUCAACCUCGACGGCGACUACAACAGCAACCAUCACCCCUUCAAGCGCCAACUACACCACGACGGUGACGACCUCAACCUCUACCAUAAUCACUGCCUUCAGCACUACUACACCCUCUACAACGACAACCAGCACAACCACCGUCGUCACCACAGCAUCUACCUCGACAAUCAUCUACGCCGCCUGCGCAACGCCCAACCUAGUGGGCACGGUCAACGGCUACGCCGUCUACGACGCAGUGUACCCCGGCGCGUCGACCGGUCUCACCACCACGGAAGACCUAACUACCUACGACUGCUGUGUUUCGUGCAUCACAAACCCGGCGUGCGCAGCCGCAGCAUUCAACGGGGCUUUCGACGCUGGCGAACAGUGCUUCAACUUCGUUGCCAGUGGCGGCGCCGGAGCCUGCACUACCGAAGGCGAGAAUAGCUUCGGCGCCGAGUACUCGAGCUCCUUCCCGGCCGACACAGAGUAUUUCCUUUCAAACGGCAACUGCGGCUCCUACAACUACGUCCAGACGGCCUAA